AUGUCAGACCAAGAACAGCUCGUUGCCAUGGGCUUCGACCCUGAGCGCUCUGCACUUGCCCUCAAAGCUAGCGGCAAUCUGCAGGGAGCUCUCGACUGGAUCGAGAAGAACCAAGAUCGCCCUCUCGACGAGAUCAAAGCCGAGCAAGCCUCUGCCGCCGAAGAGCCACCCGCGCUGCAGCCUGGCGAAGAAGCAAAGUCACUCGUCUGCGAGGACUGCGGCAAGAAGUUCCGCUCCGUUGCACAAGCUGAAUUCCACGGCAGCAAGACCGGCCACGAGAACUUCGCCGAGUCAACUGAGGAGAUCGCACCGCUCACCGAGGAGGAGAAAAAGUCGCGUCUUGACGAGUUGAAGGCGAAGCUUGCACUGAAGCGUGCCGCGCAAGCGGAACAGGACAAGGAAGAGCGCAAGAAGAACGAGCAGAUCCGCAUGAAGUCAACGAAGGAAUCACAAGACAUCAAGGAGGACUUGCAGAAGAAGGAGCAGAUCAAGGAAGCCCAGGCCAAGCGCGCAGAGAAGCUCGCCGACCAGGAGGCCAAGCGUAAGGUGCUAGCCAAACUCGAGGCAGACAAGCAGGAGCGCAAGAGGAAGGCUGAGGUCGAGAGGGCCGCACGCGCCGGCCAGGCCCCUCCCCCCGUCCAGCAGGAGACCCUCCCUACAUCCUCUGGCCCUACAACAAGCAAGCCCGCAAGUGCGUACACAGAGACAAGACUGGCGCUACAGAUCCAUGGUGGGCGAGUCAUGAAGACAUUCCCUGUCGACACGACGCUGUUUGAGGUCGCGCACGCGCUGGAGCAGGAUGGCCAUACGGUCAACAGGCUGUCGACUAACUUCCCCAAGAAGACGUUCGACAAGAGCGAUUUCGGCAUGACGCUCAAGGAGGCUGGCAUGGUCCCUAGCGCCGCCUUGAUCGUUGGCUAA